AUGGCACCAUACGUAACGGAAGUGCACCUGUUUUAUAAACUGGAGUACUUUCAGUGCUCGUUUCAGGUAACAAAUGAAACGAUAAAAUUUAAUAACAAGGAUAAAGCAACAGUUGCAAAUGAGAGAAGAAAGGAAAAAGAAGACAACACCGAGAGAUCCCACAAGGUUCAGAAAUCCAGAUACAAACCUCUGUACUUGUUCUGCGACUCUCUGGAGAAGAAAUUCUUCCUUAUCAGUCUUUGCGCUGCGCCAAAUGAGAAGAAUACUAAUUUAUACAAGAGAGAUUACCUGAUCUUGGAAAGAUACAACUGGUUUUACGGGCCGGAUCAAUCGGAUCAGGUGACCAUUAGUACGACUGGCAUCAAGUCAACCGUCGUCGAGAUGGAAGCCGGUAGACAACUUUUGCGAAUUGACGGCAGUCCGGAGUUCAGUUUGGCGAUUAUCUCUUCGGAUACAGCUUUUCACUUUGGAAAUCAGACGAUUGUGCAGCAGCUGAUGACUAAGGAAUCGCACAGAACCGAGCAAAUGUCGAAGAUAAUCAGCGACAUCCUCCGCAAAGCUUAUCAAUCAUUUGGAACGGAGAAUUACCCGACGAUGUUAAAAGACUAUUAUCGUAGCUACAUGCCCAGUUCGCAAGAUUCUACUUUAGAGGGAGAUAAAACAUUCCCUCGUAUGCUGAUACACAGUCUCUUCUUGGAAGAGCAAGUUCGACUGAUCAUGGAAACCUUUCCCGGCGAAGAACACGGAAACAUCCUUCAUUCUUUGAGGGUGUUCUUUCUUAACCCAAAUAUUAGACUAGAAUAUUUGGGCUUAACACGAGCUCAUGAUGGCUUUCAGGAUCUCGCAACAAAACGGACGUCAAAAAUAUCGUACUCCAGCAAAGCAGACAUGGACGUAUUGGAUCAAGCAGCCAGGAAAAUUCAAUCCUUCUUCAAGAUGGCUCUAAUAAAACAAUACAAAUAUCUUCAUGAUUCUAAUCAUCCUCAGCACAUGCCAAUUCGCGAAGAACUUCUGAAGAUACCGAAUCUAUUCGACUUAUCCGUGACGAAUCAAUUGCUAAGGAAUGUUAUCAAACGUCACAGCAAACUACGCGACUUAUAUCCUUGUUCCAAGGACUUCGUGCACGUCCUAAGUUUUCAAGAGUUCAACGGUACUUUAGAGAAUAUCAAACAUGACCAGUGGUUCCCAAUCGCUAGGAUCAUCGUGAAUCCUCGAUCUUCAGAAACAGUGUUCGCGGCUUUCGAACUACUGGUUGAUCUUCCUCGCUUCACACUGCGUGUUUUCAGUAAUCAAAGUCAACGUGACACGACGCGUCUCAUAAACCGUGUGACUCCGGGUCAUUAUAGAUAUCAUCCGACUGGUUAUACAAUUUUCGCUUAUGGCUGGAAUGGCGAACAGCGCUUUAAAGAGAUCAACUGGACGAUUCGCAUCAUUACUAUGAAAGGAGAGCCGAUGUUCUGUCAACUGAGCGAACAAUGGGCCCCGUCCUUGGAAAUUAGACCACCCAGUCUGAUGGUUGAAGAAUUGGCCGCUGUAUACAUUCCUAAUGCCAGGAAUUAUAUUUCGCGGUGGAUCCUGCAGACGAUCUCGAGAAGCAUCAUCUCGCUGAGGCUGACUACUUCCUAUGACAUGGUGGAAGUCGGAGUGAGACUCACUGAUGAAGAGGGCAAUGUUUUGAUUAAUGUGGACGGUGGUUCUACGAUUUUGGUACCAUUAGUGAUCUUAGAUCAAUUCACUGUGAAUAAAAAUCGUCGCGAAGUUAAAGACAGAAGUGCAGGCGUCAACGAAGAGUUUGGAAACGCAAUAAAGGAAAACAAAUUGUACUAUGUGGAGGCAUUCGUGCGUAACAACAGCUGGCCUCUUACGGACGUCGAGUGGACUGUCGUGAAUCGGAUAAAGACAAAGGACACAGAAAAUCUCAAAAUCAAGAUGCGACAUGAAAAUAAAAUACCCACAAAGUCAAAUUUGGCGACAACGAAGGACACGAAACGAUCCGUAAAUGACAAUCAAGUUCUGGAAUCGCCAUAUUGGAUCCUUCAAGUUGUUACAAAUGCCCGAGACGCGAUAGAGAUUUGUCAAGACGAGAGAAGAGAGCAAGAGAUAGCAUUACUGAAGGAUUCCUGGCGGUCGAAGGAUCCGAGUCAACCUGAACGUGGGAGAAAGUUGCGAGAGGCCUUCCUGAAUACGCACACCUUGAUUGUUGAGCCCGUGGUACCUUCGGAAGAAAAUGAAGAAGAAUCUAGUACAAUAGAAACUGGAGAUAUGGCAUUUUGUCAGUCGUACGAGAAGCAGCGUAGAACCCUGAAGCCACCGAAAUCCUACCAUUUACCUGCUUUGGAUUUGACGAAAUACAUGACGAGGAACGGAAUCUUGACAGAUUAUUACAUAAGAAUGGAAAUUGACUAUCAGAUACUGAGAGAUCAGCAGACCGUCAACAUCAUCGAGAGCCAAAAGAAUUAUUCCCAUUACUUGGAGAAUUUAGCUGAACUGACGGACAAGCAAUUUCGAACAUACGUAAAGCUGUUCAGCAAGAAAGAACAGAAUUUUUGGGAGAGAAGAGCUCUGGUGGAUCACGCUUACGAAUCGAGAAAAGUCUACAUUGAUACUCCGACAUCUUCGAAGGCAAAGAUCAAAGAGAAGGACAAAGCAACCAAUUAA